AUGACAGUAUAUACUGUCUACUUUGUGACACUAAAUAAAUUAAUAAAAAAGCUAAUAAAAACCGGCAAGGCUACGCUUUUCUCGAGGAGUCAGGCCUCUGCUCCUAAGUGCAUCUCUCAAGCACUAUUUAGGACAGUAGGAAACCCUUCCUUCUUAUACUAG